GUUGUCGCUGACGUUGCAGCUGUCGUUGCAGCGACGAUGGCGUCCACAGAUCUGUCUCUGCUGGACUUGACGGAUAAAGAAACCCGCGAGAAACUGUCGUUGUGGGAUCGCCGCACCGACCCCAUGGCUCCGCUCACAGAGAGACAAAUGGACUCGGUCCUGGAUAUCAGAACCGCAGCUGAGACGCUUCCUGUGCCGUCAGAGCUUCCUAUUGAAGACUUAUGCAGCCUGUCAUCCCGGUCCUUGAAGUCUCCGUUUACAGCUACUGUACCCGCUUCUACAGAGGACGUCCUGCUCAAAGGUUUUCAGAUGUUAGAUAUGGAAAACGACAGAAUAGAAACAGCACAACAGUUUUUCUCCUGGUUUGCCAAGUUACAAUCAAACAUGGACCAGGAUGAGAGUGCAAAAUACAGAAAAACAAGAGAUGAAUUGAACUGCUACCAGGAACAUUGUGAUGCUAUACUGAAAGAUGUCAGCACAGCCCUGGAGCACCUGGACUCCCUUCAGAAACAGUACCUAUUUGUUUCCAAUAAAACUGGGACUUUACAUGAAGCCUGUGAACAGCUGUUGAAAGAGCAGAGUGAGCUGGUUGACCUGGCAGAGAGCAUACAGCAGAAGCUGUCAUAUUUUAAUGAGCUAGAACACAUCAACACGAAACUCAACUCGUCAACCUUGUCUGUAAACAGUGAAGGUUUUAUACCGAUGCUGUCAAAGUUGGAUGACUGCAUUGAAUAUGUUUCUUCACAUCCAAAUUUCAAGGACUAUCCUGUUUAUUUGGCCAAAUUUAAACAGUGUCUUUCGAAAGCUAUGCACUUCAUGAAGAUCCACAUUGUAAACACUAUGCAGCAGCUCACGAGCCAGUUAACAAAAAGGGAUCCAAUGGGCUUGACCAAUGCCGACAAUGCAUUUACUCUCUAUUAUGUCAAGUUCAGAGCUGCUGCACCAAAAGUCAGAUCUCUAAUUGAACAGAUAGAACAGCGGACAGAGAAGAUACCAGAGUACCAGCAGCUUCUGGACGAGGUCCACCAGUGCUACCUGGACCAGCGAGAGCAGCUCCUGAGCCCCAGCAUCACAUCCACCAUCACUGACCUGACCAAUCAGAACAGCAAAGACCACUGUGCUCUGGUUCGCAGCGGCUGCGCCUUCAUGGUGCACGUCUGCCAGGAUGAACACCAGCUUUACAACGAUUUCUUCUCCAAACCAACACCUAAAUUAGAUGAGCUGUUGGAGAAUCUGUGUCUGUCUCUGUACGAUGUCCUGCGGCCUCUCAUCAUCCACAUCAUUCAUCUGGAAACCCUGUCAGAGCUCUGCAGCAUUCUGAAGAACGAGAUGCUCGAAGACCAUGUUCAAAACAACGUUUCACAGUUGGGGGCCUUUGACGCAGUAGUGAAGCAGAUGCUGGAGGAUGUGCAGGAGAGGUUGGUCUACAGAACACACAUAUACAUCCAGAGUGACAUCACAGGCUACAACCCAGCUCCAGGCGAUUUGGCGUACCCUGAGAAACUGGAGAUGAUGGAGAGGAUUGCUCAGAGUAUAAAGGAGGAGCAGAUGAAGCAGGUGUCGCAGGAAUCGUCGUUCUCUGAAGUACAGCUUGAAGAUCCUGAUGGCAGAAGAGACAGUAACGCUGCAAAUGCUGCAAAUGUGGAAACCUCACGCUCGCAGACAUCCGUUUCCCCUGCUGAUCUCCACGGCAUGUGGUACCCUACUGUGAGACGAACUCUGGUUUGUCUGUCUAAGCUCUACAGAUGUAUCGAUAGAGCAGUCUUCCAGGGUUUAUCUCAAGAAGCCUUAUCAGCGUGCAUCCAGUCCCUCCUUAAGGCCUCUGAUAUCAUCCUUAAAAACAAGACACAAAUAGAUGGACAACUUUUCCUGAUCAAGCACCUGCUGAUAAUGCGUGAACAGAUUGCCCCAUUUCACACCGAUUUUGCCAUCAAGGAAAUCUCACUGGACCUGAAGAAAACGCGAGAUGCUGCAUUCAAAAUCCUCAACCCUAAGGCUGUUCCCAAACUCUUCCGACUUAACAGCCACAAUGCCAUCCUUGAAUUCCUUUUGGAGGGAACACCAGAGAUAAAGGAGCACUACAUUGACUCUAAGAAGGACGUGGACAGACACCUGAAGUUCAGCUGUGAGCAGUUCAUCCAGCAGCAGACUCAGAUGUUUGUGGGCAACCUUGAAGAGUUCCUCACUAAGGUUACAGCUCUUAAAACUAUGGCUGUCCAAGGCGGUCCCACGUACAGUUUAUCUCAGCAACCUUGGGCACAGCCAGCAAAGAUCAACGAUAUAGUGAUGGCUACCUACCGUGUGAUGAAGAGCAAGCUGCCAAGCACUUUACAGAGCAUGUCCUUGUACUUAGCCAAUAGAGACACAGAGUUCAUCCUUUUCAAGCCUGUUCGGAAUAACAUCCAGCAGGUGUUCCAAAGACUGCUGACCUUGCUUCAGGAGGAGUACAGUGGAGAAGACCUUCAAAUCAUUGCAUGUCCGUCCAUGGAGCAGAUUAACCUGCUACUGUCUGUGCAUAAGUAAUGUGCGCUCGCGGAGAUGCUGGUGGUCAACCUUCCAGAGUGCAAUGAGAUGCUUCCAGCUCCAUCUAUGACCCGGAGAAAUGUCUCUGAAAAGAAGUUCUCCGGAGCUGCUAGCAGAAUGGAUCGGAGGAAGAAAAAAGAAAAAAAAAACUGCACAAGGCCAAAGAUUCUCAGACAGGCGCUCAGGCAGCAGUAGGACGAGGUUCAGGUAUUCAUCUUGAAGUCUAUGACACACGGGGAGGUAGAUGGUGUUGGUUAUUUUGGGUUCUGAGCAGCUUGUUUUUCCUGUGACUAAAAUUAAAGGUGUAGUUUGGUGAGGGUUGUAGGGGGAAAAAAAUCUGUUUCGACACUUGUGGAUUUUUGGGUGACGUUUGCAUUUCUCUUUGCAACUGAUCACGAUGAAUAAAAACAGUUUUGCACACCGUGUAAGGGAAGGUGGCCAAACAACACUUAGGAAUGUUCAGACAAGGACACUUGUGUCUGAAACAAACAAAACAGGCACAAAAAGGAUUCUUCAUCAGGUAGCUAUUGGCCUCUCAGCAGCCUUGAAUACACAUUCCUUGAAUCCCACAUUGGGUCUGCAAGGAUAGCAAGUGAUAAUGCUGCAAAAUGUUUUAUUUUUACUUUUAAAUCCUAACAGUCUUCAUAACAUUGAAUAAAACUUUAAUGAUGGCCUGAAGUGCUACAGAAUGCUCAGGUCUGAUUUUCAAAUCAAAUUCCAUCUCUGUUAGAUUUUUUUUUCCUAAGGUUUUGUUUUUGUUUGUUUUUUUCUUAUACUGUUGCAAAUAUGUACACAAAAUAAUGAAAAUUCUAUGUUUUAUACUUUUCCCUUUUAUAACUAGGUUGAUGGAGUUGACUAUGCUUUUACUCUGGCCUAAUAAUGAACCGUAGAGGUUGGGAGCUUUGCACUGUAUGUGAUUAAAGGGUAUCUUUUUCCAGAGUAACAAAGGUAACAGGACUCAGUGGCUCUAACAUUUGCUUGGGUUUGUCCCAUGUUAAAUGACAUGUACAGUUAAAUUAUUUAAGAAGGUUCUGAUUAAAAAAGAGGAAGAAGAGGAAAAAAAAAGA